AUGUCGGCAACAAAACUCGGCCCCCAGGAUAUGCUCGAAUACAUUGCACAAUACGGCGUGCUGAUCUAUCGAAAAUGUCAAUACGCAAUCCAGAAAAGCGCUGUGGAAAGUCAUUUACUCCGUCAUAAGAUCUAUCGGGAGGAAAGACAAAAGCUCAUGUCCUCAAUUUCUCAACUCAAAAUUUUCGAACCCCAUGAAGUACCUUUGCCCGCAUCUGAUUCUUCGCCUAUCGAUGGUCUACCUGUUUUAGAUGGCUUCCGAUGUUCAGUUGAUGGUUGUGGAAGUCUCUUUGUCAGUUCCAAGCGCAUGAAUCAUCACCAGAAAGAGAGGCAUGCUGGAAUCCAUCCUUGUUCUGCCCGCGAGGUGAAACUCCAAACGUUUUUCAGGGGUACCAAAAUUAAGUAUUUGAGGUCACGGAGGCCAUUCACACAGGAAUGUCAGGAAUAGAGAUGCAAGCAAGCAUUCUCGGGGAGAUCGAAAUGCUUGAGGAACAAGAGCCUGUUCAACAGCCGCUUCCAAAGCCUUUUCUCACGGAUUAUGAAACAGAAACGCUCACUUACUUUUACUGGUUCAAUACUCAGACGAGCCUCACAAUCCCAUGCACUGAGCGCCCUCGGUCCGCAAGCCACUACUGGAAAAGAGAAGUCGUUCCCCUAGCCUUUUCCAAACGAUGGCUGAUGUGUGGUUUAUUGGGGCUCUCUGCUUACCACCUGGCGGUUACCAAUAACCAGGCCAUGUUGGAGGGAGAUCAUACUGAGAAUUCCUCGCAAUUCUUCUCGGUCUUCUCUACUGGAUUCAACGAGGCCAAAAUAUGUGCCCUGGGAACGGAAGGUUCCGAGGUUGAGAAGAAGGCUUGUAUAGCAGGCGAACAGAUAGAUUAUGUGAUCUCUUGCAUACACUGGAAUCAAAGCCCGUCUCAACUGGAGUCGAUCAUGAUAAUUCUCAGAAGAUUCUAUAUCCGCCAUUGUACACUUUCUCAAGACGAUUCUCAUAGCAAUGAGGCCGGUAUCCAGAACGAAGCAUUUGAACGUGCAAGUAUGAUCAUUCAAAAGAGUCCGCCAUCAAAUUCGGGACCACUCUCUGUGCUACUCACCCGCCUUAGCGCGCUUCCUUCUCGCAUGACGGAAGCUUUUGGGAGACCAGAGAAUGUUCGAGAUAUUGGAGACGUUCUGACUACUAUAUCAGACAUCGCUAUUCUGAUCGAGUGCUGCGAAAUUGGUUUUGUCUCUGAUGACAUGAGAGUAGCAUUGGAAGGAAUGACUAUGUGGUUGGCCAAGAUCUCGGAUCGCUUUUAUCAAAUGGUGUCCAUACAUGAUCCUGCAGCGCUUACGGUUUUAGCACAUUGGGCUGCGUCAUUGGUAGAGAGGGCAGAGAAAUGCGGAUGUUGGUUCUUGGAGGGACUAGCGAGGACGAUCAUAUUGCAGAUUGUAGAACAAUUACCAGCUGACAAGCCCGCUAUAAUAGGACUCAUUGAGAGUUUAAUGAAGUGA